AAUUUUUUUUUUAUUUCAGAUCGAUUGUGAAUGCUCAUUGCGAGUUUACGCAGGAUAUCUUUGAACUAUUGUCCAAGACUGCUGCAAAGAGCUCGUUAUACUAUGUCUUCUACCGAAAAUGGCCAGACCGAGAUCGACGUCUCACAGUAUAAUACUGUGACAGAAGGCAAAGCUACUAUUUUGUUUCCAAAGAACAACGAAGUUUUCUACAACCCAGUCCAAGAGUUCAACCGUGACAUGUCAAUAGCUGCCAUUACAACAUGGAGCGAAAUUUACUUCCAAGAACAGCGCGAGAGACUCGAGCGCAAGAGAGCAAAUAAGGCAAAGAAAGCUGCUGAAACCGGUCAAGAAGCCUCGGUUGAUGACAAGCCACAUCAUUCUUUGAGCAGAUCAGACUUCACCAUCUUGGAGGCCUUAGCCGCAACUGGGCUUCGAUCAGUUCGUUACGCAAAGGAGAUUCCCAAUGUAAAGCGGAUUGUUGCUAAUGAUUUAUUGGAAGACGCUGUUCUUUCAAUCAAACGCAACACAAAGUUUAACGAAAUCAGCGAAGAUUUAUUACACGCCAAUCAAGGAGACGCUUUAGGUGUGAUGUACAACGCAAGAGGUGCGGCAGAAAAGUUUGAUGUCAUUGAUCUGGAUCCUUAUGGAACUGCUGCUCCAUUCAUUGAUGGUGCUGUGCAGGCCGUAACUUCAGGCGGUUUGCUGUGUGUUACUUGCACUGAUCUGGCUGUUUUGACUGGAUCAAUGUAUCCUGAAACCUGCUUUUCAAAAUAUGGCGGUAUGCCUUUGAGAGGCAUGUACUGUCACGAAAUGGCCUUAAGACUGGUUCUCAACACUAUUCAAACCUCAGCAGCAAGAUAUGGCCGGUACAUUGAACCUCUGGCGUCCUGCAGCAUCGAUUUUUACGUCAGACUCUUCAUUAGAGUUUACGACUCACCAGCCGAAGUUAAGAAAUCUGCAAGUAAAAUCGGCAUGGUAUACGAUUGCAAUGGCUGCAAUGCUUUCGUUACGCAACCUCUGUCGAAGCUCCAUGUGAAAGAUAACGGUGCAUCCAGAUACACACCUGGAACAGGGCCCACGGUCAACACCAACUGUGAAAACUGUCAGCAAAACCACCGCAUCGGAGGGCCUACAUGGGUUGCGCCUAUUCACAAUAAGGAUUUUGUUUCCAAGAUGCUGCAACACGUCAACGAUCACGAGGAAAAGUUUGGAACAUCCGACAGAAUGAAGGGUAUGCUGUCAGUCAUAAACGAGGAGUUAGACCAACCCUUCUAUUGGACACUUGGUAACUUGUGCGGAACGCUGCACUGUAACUCUAUCCCGAUGGUCGAUUUAUGCUCUGCUAUUCUCAAUGCCGGUUACAAGUUUUCAUCUACUCAUUGUCAACCAGAAGGAAUUAAGACAGACGCACCAGCGUCCGUUAUGUGGGAUAUCAUGAAGGGAUGGGUGAAGAAGUAUCCUGUUACCAUGAAAAAUAUUGGAGAACUUAGUCCCGCGCGUAAAAUUUUAGCGCAACCAGCAAAGUUUGAAGCUGACUUCACUCGUCACCAGGAUGCUAUACCCCCUUCUCGACAUAUUAAGCUGGUGAGAUACCAGGUUAACCCUACACCCAACUGGGGACCGAAAGCUAGAGCUGGAAAGCCAAAGAAGGAGGCAAAACCCCAGGAGAGCAAGAAGAGAAAGCUGUAGACAAGGUGAUGAUACAGCAAUCGAUGAGGUGCCCACCAACAAAAAAUAGAGAAUUGUAAU